CCCGAUGCGGUCGCUCGCUGCGCUGAUCCUUUGCCUGCCAGCCGGCAACGCCGUCUCGAGCACGGCGCUGCGUGCGGCGGCGCGGCCGGCGCUGGUGCCGUCCGCCUCACCGAGGGUCUCAGGCGCGAUGACGGCGGCGACGGCGACCGCGAGGCCAAAGUUCAUGCCCUCGCCGCAGGCGGUCGCCGAGCUUACGGAGAGUGCGACGAAGGACAUGCUCGACCGCGUCGAGGCGAUGCCGCUCGAUCUGCCGUCGUACGGUAUCGUCGAGGCGUCGUUCGUGCGCACGGGCGUUGCUCCGUCAGAGGGGACGCCGCCGGUGGUGCUUCUGCACGGCUUCGACAGCAGCUGUCUCGAGUUUCGCCGCACGCUGCCGAAGCUUGAGGCGCUCGGCGUGGAAGCGUACGCGCUCGACCUGCUCGGCUGGGGCUUUGGCGACACGGGCGGCGGCGACGUGAGCGUCGAGGCGAAGCGGGCGGCGCUGCUCGAGUUCCGACGCCAGGUGCUCGGAGACAGGCAGAUGACGCUGCUGGGAGUGUCGCUCGGCGCGGCGGUGGUCAUUGACUUCAACGCCGUCCACAGCGACGCGGUCGCGUCCGCCAUCCUCGUUGACCCGCAGGGCUUCAUCGACGGCGCGCCGCCCGUGCCCGAGCCGUUCGCGCGCGGUGGCAUCCGCGUGCUAGGCUCUUGGCCGCUCCGCUCGCUCGCCAACCAGCUGGCGUACGCCGACACGGACGCAUUCGCCACCGACGACGCGAUCCGGGUCGGGCUGCUCCACUGCGCGAGGCCCUCGUGGGAGGACGACUCCGUGUCCUGGCUGCUCGGGGGCGGCUACUCCGUCUCGUCGCUCGUGCCGCGGCUCGCGCCCAAGCCGACUGCAAUCCUCUGGGGACGGCAGGACGAGAUCCUGCCGCCGGCCGAGUUCGCGCCCAAGUUCGUCGCGGCGCUGCCCGGCGCUGCGUUCCGCUGGGUCGAAGAGUGCGGGCACUCGCCGCACCUCGAGCAGCCGGAUGCGCUCGCGGCCGCCGUGCGGGCCUUCCUCGACUCUGGGCCCGACGCCGUGGCCGGCGAUGACGAUGUCUCCGAGAUCGUUCGCCUCGCCAACCGCGGCGCGCUCGAGAAGCUCGCCGACGGCGUCAAGGAGCUCGACGCAUUCCUCGACACGCCAAUCCUCGACCCCAACGAGCGGGGCGGGCCCCUCGAGCCGCUCAAGGCUUUCGUGCGGAGCGAGCCGGAGACGGCGCAGGUUGCGGCCUCGGUGCUCGCCCUGACCUUCUUCUUCGUGCUCGCGCGCGGCCUGGUGGCCGUGCUUGGCUGAGAGGCGCGGCGAUAAUGAAUGAACGACGCAGCCGCGUGCCUCCCACCUCCCUUUCUGCAUUCCCAAAUGGGAAAAGCUAAAGCCUAGUUUACCGCUAAAAAAAUUUGGUAAAAAAA